AUGUUUCAAGCUAAGGUUCCUCUCGAACACUGGGGCGACUGCGUGUUAACUGCGGUCUUCCUUACCAACCGCUUACCCACGCCUCUGCUUCAGAAUAAGACCCCGUUUGCCCUUUUGAAUGGAAAGAUGCCUGAUUACAAAGGUCUUCGAGUUUUCGGCUGUCUCGCUUUUUGUUCAACGUCUUCCAAAGGCUGUAACAAGUUUCAGCCUCGAGCUCGUCCCUGCGUCUUUCUUGGCUACCCUGCUGGAUACAAGGGCUAUAAAUUGUUGAAUGAGCCUCUUCCUGAUUUCUUUUCACCCUUGUCUGACUCUUCUACACCUUCUAGUUCUUCUGCUCCAGUUGGUAACAUUCCUGCUGCUCCCGUGGUUUCGAAUGUUCCCACUGAAGUCAUUAGUUCUACGGAGGAGUCAGUGCAUCGCGUGGAACGUAAUCCGGAGAAGCGCUCUUCUAAACCGCUGGCAUAUUUAGAUGAGUACUACUGCAAUAUGGAAAAGGCUGAGAUUCCCUAUCCUUUGGCUAACUACUUGUCUUAUGCCGAGCUCUCCGACGAUUACCGAGCAUACAUUUGUUCUGUGAAUCUUCACGCCGAACCUAGUUCCUUUAGUCAAGCCAAGAAGUUUGCAGAAUGGCUUGAGGCGAUGAAUGAAGAGGUGAUUGCUUUGGAAAAGUCUGGUCCAUAUCUCCAGACAUGUGUGUUUCAUGAAACAAUUUUUCCCUUUACCUCUGAUCAGAAUGAGCCUCUUCCUGAUUUCUUUUCACCCUUGUCUGACUCUUCUACACCUUCUAGUUCUUCUGCUCCAGUUGGUAACAUUCCUGCUGCUCCCGUGGUUUCGAAUGUUCCCACUGAAGUCAUUAGUUCUACGGAGGAGUCAGUGCAUCACGUGGAACGUAAUCCGGAGAAGCGCUCUUCUAAACCGCUGGCAUAUUUAGAUGAGUACUACUGCAAUAUGGAAAAGGCUGAGAUUCCCUAUCCUUUGGCUAACUACUUGUCUUAUGCCGAGCUCUCCGACGAUUACCGAGCAUACAUUUGUUCUGUGAAUCUUCACGCCGAACCUAGUUCCUUUAGUCAAGCCAAGAAGUUUGCAGAAUGGCUUGAGGCGAUGAAUGAAGAGUUGAUUGCUUUGGAAAAGUCUGGCACAUGGGAGAUAUGCUCUCUCCCUGAUGAUAAACACGCCAUUGGAUGUCGUUGGGUUUACAAAACCAAGCUUAAUGCUGAUGGAAGCCUGGAACGUUAUAAGGCUCGUUUGGUCGCUAAAGGAUACACUCAACGUGAGGGUGUAUAUUUCGUGGAUACGUUCUCCCCAGUGGCCACGAUGACUACAGUCAAAACUCUCCUGGUCGUUGCUGCUGCUAAGAGAUGGAGUUUGACUCAGUUAGAUAUCUCCAACGCUUUCCUCAAUGGUGAUCUUGAUGAGGAGAUUUACAUGACUCUACCUCCAGGUUACACUUGUAAGAAUGGUGAAUCUCUUCCUCCCAAUGCCGUUUGUCGAUUAAAGAAGUCUUUGUACGGUUUGAAGCAAGCUUCUCGUCAAUGGUUCAUUAAAUUCAGCUUUGUUCUGCUGGGUUUGGGUUUCAAGAAAUCUCAUGCCGAUCACACUUUAUUUGUGAAGAAUGAUAGUGGCGUUUAUAUUUCUGUGUUGGUUUAUGUAGAUGACAUAAUCAUCACUAGCAAUUCGGAUCCUAAUGUGGAUCAGUUGAAAGAUAACUUGAAAGCUGCUUUUCGUUUGAGAGACUUGGGUCCCAUUCGUUACUUCCUUGGUCUUGAGAUUGCCCGCUCUAACAAAGGCAUCUCUGUUUGCCAACGUAAGUACACUUUGGAGCUCCUGGAGGAUGCGGGUUUCACGGAUUGCAAGCCCUCCAGUAUUCCUAUGGACCCCAGCGUCAAGUUGAUCCAAGAUUCUGCAGAGCCUGUCAUUGAUGAUAUCAGCUUAUAUCGUAAGUUAGUCGGCAAGAUGAUGUACUUGACUAUCACUCGUCCUGAUAUCACUUUUGCUGUUAACAAGCUGUGUCAAUUUGCUUCUGCACCUAAGGCCUCUCAUCUUAAUGCUGCCUAUACAGUUCUUCGUUAUCUCAAAGGCACCAUUGGACUUGGUCUCUUCUACUCCGUUGAAUCGGACCUAGUACUCACUGGCUUUACUGAUGCGGACUGGCUCUCUUGUCCAGACACUUGA